CUUCCGUCUGAGUCCCGUCCCUGGAACUGCGCAGCGGCCUCGCGCACGCGCUCUCCGGUCUUCCUUGACCUCUGACCCACCGGCCGCGCUGGAGCUGGUCCCGGGGUCGGGAAGCGGCACCCGUGCCCCUGAGGUGGAGCUGCAGCCAUGGCCAAGUACCUGGCCCAGAUCAUUGUGAUGGGUGUGCAGGUGGUGGGCAGAGCCUUUGCCCGGGCCCUGAGGCAGGAGUUUGCAGCAAGCCAGGCAGCUGCUGAUGCUCGGGGUCGUGCUGGGCACCAGUCUGCAGCCGCAUCCAACCUCUCUGGCCUCAGCCUCCAGGAGGCCCAGCAGAUUCUCAACAUCUCCAAGCUGAACCCUGAGGAGGUCCAGAAGAAUUAUGAACACCUAUUUAAAGUGAACGAUAAAUCCGUGGGUGGCUCCUUCUACUUGCAGUCAAAGCCUUGCUACCAGCAGAACCACCCAGGAGAGAGACCACAGGCCCAGAGCUCCUGAAGCAUCCUGACUCUGAUUUGGGAGACAGUCGUUGUACCUGGCAUGAGGCUGACCCAGCUAAGGACAGCAGCCAGAAUUGCUAUACACCCUUCAGAUCCCUUUGCUAUAGAUGCUGUGGUUGUUGUUGGGCAGAACCCGACCUUGGAGUGUGUGCCCUUGGUGAGCACUAACAAUGCUGCCUGGGCCUUUCAUGUGGCCUUGCACAGAACAGCUCACAAUUCUGCUGUCGUUUGGUCUUGUUUUUGGAGACAGGGUUUCUCUGUGUAGCCCUGGCUAUUCUAGAACAAGCUUUGCAGACCAGGCUGAACUCAGAGAUCUGUCUACCUCCUAAGUGCUGGGAUUAAAGGCAUGCACCACCUUAUCUGGCUUGAAUCACUGAGUCACUAUGCUAACCAGGACAGGAGCCACCUGUAGCCACUCAGCCUUUGAAUGAAGCUGGGCUCAGAAGAUGUGCUGUGAGGCUAAGACACACUAGAUCUCGAGACUUUGCAUGAAAGGAAGGAUUUCAGUGUUCUGCCGUUUAGUUUUGGUCAUUUUAAUUUUUUGAAAUGGGAUCUUACUGUGUUGGCUAAGAUGGCCUUGAACUCCUGAGCUUGCCGGGCAAUGGGGCAUGCCUUUGAUCCCAGAACUCCAGUAAAUGAGUUCUAGGAUAGCCAGGACUACACAGAGAAACCCUAUAUCGAAAAACCAAAACCAACCAAACAAAAAAACUCAACUCCCCCCUUCAACCUCCUCAUUAUUUGGGAAUAUAAUACAGACAUUCAUGACCAUGCCUAGGUUUGCUGACAUGUUUUUAUAUAUUGGGUUUCAUAGGAUACAUAAUUACAAUUAAUUUAAUUUCACCUAUUUCCUUUUGGUUUAUUUUGUUUUUUUGAGAAAUGGUUUCAUUAUAUAAUUCUUGCUGGCCUGGAACUUGCUCCAUAGACCAGGUAGUCCUUGAACUCUGUCUCCUAAACACUGAGAUUAAAGGCUUGUGCUACCAUGCCCAGCUUGCUCUUUUCAGUGUACUAACUGAGUAACUUAAAAUAAGGUAUGUGGGUCUAUGGGGCUCAGGGUACAAUGAAGAGAGGCAGACCCAGUCUGCCAGUCCUAAGGUGGUGUUAGAAGAUCAUAUCCAUGUAAGGGUUUCUCCAGCAAAUGGCCUUCAAGGUAACAGGAAAACCACACCCAUAACCCCAGCAUUUGGGAGAUGAAUGCAGGAAGAUUAGGAGUCCAUAGCCACCCUUGGUACACAGUUAGACCCAGCCUGGGUUACAUGAGACCCUGUCUCAAACAAGGGGAGCAGGACAUGAACAACGCAAUUUGUCCCUCUUUCUGGUCUUUCCCUGGCAU